AUGUCUGACCAGCCUCUCCCCUUUGUUUACCAGUUCGCCGCUGGUGCGGUUGCCGGCGUUUCUGAGAUUCUUGUCAUGUACCCGCUGGAUGUCGUCAAGACCCGAGUCCAACUUCAGACCGGCAAGGGCACUGGCGCCGAUUCGUACAAUGGCAUGGUCGACUGCUUCCGGAAGAUCAUCAAGCACGAAGGCUUCUCGAGACUGUACCGUGGUAUCUCUGCCCCGAUCAUGAUGGAGGCGCCCAAGCGUGCCACCAAGUUUGCUGCCAACGACGAGUGGGGCAAGUUCUACCGCAAGGCCUUUGGCCAGGAGAAGAUGACCCAGAGCCUGAGUGUCCUGACCGGCGCCACGGCCGGUGCCACUGAGAGUUUCGUCGUCGUUCCUUUCGAGCUCGUCAAGAUUCGUCUCCAGGACAAGGCCUCGGCCGGCAAGUACAACGGCAUGAUCGACGUCGUUACCAAGACGAUCCGCAACGAGGGUGUGCUCGCCAUGUACCAGGGUCUUGAGAGCACCAUGUGGCGCCACAUCCUGUGGAACGCCGGCUACUUUGGCUGCAUCUUCCAGGUGCGCCAGCUGAUGCCCAAGGCCAGCAGCAAGCAGACCCAGAUGCUCAACGACAUUAUUGCCGGUUCAGUCGGCGGUACGGUCGGUACGCUCCUGAACACGCCCAUGGACGUCGUCAAGAGCCGUAUUCAGAACGAGAUCCGAGUGCCUGGUGUUGUGUCCAAGUACAACUGGGCUUGGCCGGCCGUCGGCACCGUCCUGAAGGAGGAGGGCUUCGGUGCGCUCUACAAGGGUUUCCUGCCCAAGGUGCUGCGUCUUGGCCCCGGCGCGCCUCUAGGUGGUAUUCUCCUGGUCGUCUUCCAAGGCACAAUGGACUUCUUCCGCAAGAUCAGAGACGGCAAGGCAUAG